CACCACACAGCGAAGCGCAAGGGACGAUGGGUGGUUGUUCAGUUUGGGUUCUAGCUUUAUCCUUAGGAUUAAUUAUGAUGCGUGUUUACGCUUCAAAGUUGGUGGAGCUUUUGCCCAUCAACAGUGGACCUACUGCGGCGCCCUUGGGCUGCCAUCGUCGCGUGUAUACGUAUAAAGUGACACAGUCCGACUCUUUAGGGCAUGAAUGCUGGGACUAUGUAAGCGUGUGGUCGUGCUGGGGACGUUGCGACUCAAGCGAAAUUUCCGAUUGGAAAUUUCCUUAUAAGCGUUCCUUUCAUCCAGUUUGUGUCCAUGCUCACCGACAGCCCGUCAUGGCCAUCCUCAAGAACUGUCACCCUAAGGCGGAGAAGAGCGUUAGCAAGUACCACUAUAUGGAGGCAGUAAAUUGCAACUGUCAGACCUGCUCUACUCAGGAUACUAGUUGCGAAGCUCCAGCUAGCGUUGCAAUGGAAGGAGGCAGCGAAGCUAUUAUGGUAGGAGCUGAUACAAAGGAACUGGACUAUUAAGCACAUGCAGUGAUAUAUAGAAAAUGUAAAAAUAAAAAAUGUAAAAGUGAACCGGAAAGUGGUGGCGUUAUACAUACAUAGUUACAUACAAUAAAUUAAGAGCUUA